ACCGCAUUUUGUUAUUUAUUUAUUGUACCCUUAUGUGUGUAGUCGUUUUCUCGUGAAGUCGUUUUUUCUUUGGUACAGCGGUUAAUCUGUUCAAAUUGAAACUCCCGUGUAAUACUGUGUUACUUUGAACAACUUGUUUUGGAAGGGAAGAGGGGUACGCAACAAAAAGCUACGAGAAGAAAAGAAAAAAGCAUGCUGGAAGAUUUGCGCGAGAGGAACUGCCCCAGACUCUGAUUGGCGGACAGCGUGCUACGUGCACCUCUCUUUACUACAGGCGAGGAUCAAAUGUGACAGGUCAUUCCGUGUCAAAGUCGAGAAAUCUCCGAAAGAAAGAAGAUUUUGACCACAGCUGCUGAGUGGCCAGACCAUCAGAAGAACCAUCUACAGACUCUAAACUUUUUAACACGAGUUCAAACCACUUUUGGCCUUGUAAAGCUUUAGGAACUACCAUGGUUUUAAGCUCAUUUGAUAUUGACACCCCACAAUGGGAUCAGUCUACAUUUAUGGGGAGAUUGAAACACUUUUUCAACAUUACUGACUCUAGGACAGCUCUGUUGCCUGACUCACGUCUGGAUGAAGCUAAAGAACUUGUAGAGAGCUGCAGGGCAGGUUCUGUUCCCCCAGGCACUACAGAGGAACAGCUCCACUAUGCUAAGAAGCUGUAUGACUCAGCCUUCCAUCCUGACACAGGAGACCGUAUGAACCUCAUUGGACGCAUGUCCUUCCAGGUCCCUGGAGGCAUGGCCAUCACGGGCUGCAUGUUGCAGUUCUACAGGACAGUUCCUGCUGUAGUCUUCUGGCAGUGGGUGAACCAGUCCUUUAAUGCUCUUGUCAACUACACCAACCGCAAUGCUGCUUCCCCCAUCACUACCAAGCAGAUUGGAGUAGCCUACGUAACGGCAACAAGCACAGCUCUAGCAACUGCAGUGGGACUUAACUUAUACACAAAGAAAGCUCCUCCCUUGGUGGCCCGCUGGGUUCCAUUUGCUGCGGUGGCAGCAGCCAACUGUGUUAACAUUCCUAUGAUGAGACAACAGGAAGUUCUAAAUGGCAUCGCUGUAACUGAUGAGAACGGCAACAAACUCGGUCAUUCCAAGAAAGCAGCAGCGAAGGGCAUCUCUCAAGUGGUCAUCUCUCGUAUUACCAUGGCAGCACCAGGCAUGAUCAUCCUCCCAAUCAUCAUGCAGAGACUGGAAAGAUAUAAGUUCAUGCGGAGGAUCACAUUUCUUCAUGGACCAAUCCAAGUGAUGCUGGUGGGAGUGUUUUUGGUUUUCAUGGUGCCUGCUGCUUGCUCCCUGUUCCCUCAGAAAUGCUCGAUGGCAGUUUCUAAGCUGGAGCCAGAACUGCGAGACUCUAUCGUGUCUCGUUAUGGAGACGGUGUACAACAUGUCUACUUCAACAAAGGCCUCUGAGGCCGAGAGGGCCGAUUAGCACAAUAUGCAAUGAGACUAGGCGAAAAUACACGUGUUGUCUUUAUUUUCUAAAUGUGGGUCAUUGAAAGAGAUCAUGGUGCUGUUUCUUUUCAAACAUCUUUAUAUCACAGUUGAUUUUAGGUUUACCAAGGGAUGUACGAUUUCUAUUAGGCUGGACAUGUAUGUUUUUAGUAGAUUCAACUGUUUGCCUUUCACUUUGACCAACCAAGUUUUUUUUCCUGUUUUCCCCUCACUCAGAUCUUGCAAAUACAAGGGGUCCUGUGUACUCCUGCAGAGAAACCAAAUGACCUCAUCUCAGGAACGUUUUUCUUGUCCAGAUUAACUCAAUUUGAUGUAUUAUGUCCUCCUGAGUGGGUCUUGCCUCUAGCCCUGUGCCUUUUGAGAGUGGCUUAUUGACAGUGAUCUGAAAUACGAGAUGGUGCUGUUUUCCUUUGCCUCCCUUAAAAUAGGUGCCUUCUUUACAGCGGCAGGGGCAAUGGUGGUACUAUUUUCUUUUGCUAUGUUCCAACAUAUAUCGAGUUCCUGUGAAGAAAAGAAACGUGUUAUUGUGAAAUGGUUUACGUUACACAGUGGGUGAAGUCGAGCAUACGUUGUAGUUCUCUGAAUGUCAUUCAAAUAUCUUCCGUCACAUCGGACUGUGGAAAUCCACCCAUUGUGGCAACGGUGUUUGAUAGAAGGUAGGCGAAUACUGCCCUCUUCAGUCAGUAUGGAGGCUGCAUGUAUCUGAGUGGACCGUGUAGACUCAGACUGGUACCAUAGCAUUCAGUGUUCAAAGCUGCAAUAAAACUAGA